AUGACGAGUACUUGGGGCAAAUGGGCGGUGCUGGAGAUUGCUGUUGGACAGGGGGUUACAGUGCGGGACGUACAGCUAUGGCGAGAGUCUGCUGUUACAGAGGACAGCGACACGAGUGGUACCAUGGGCGGAGUUGAGAUAGGGUUAAUUGCAGGCAGGUUUAUAGGCAGCAUUAAUGUAGAGAAACUGCCAGUGUGGGUGAAUAAGACGGGAACCUACCGCUGCUAUAGUGAGAGUUGGACUACGUGCUCGUUCUUCAGGGCUAAGCUCCUGCGGAGACGUCACAAGUACAGGGGUCUUGUAGUGGAACUAUCCGGUAGGAAUGGGGCAGCUAAGGAAUAUGUGGUGUUUUACAAGCAAUUGGGCGCAGAUGCGCAGCUUCGGGUGUGUUGCAGUAAUCUUGAUUUGUCAGUAAAACGACGACUGGACCGCAAGCUUGUUGUUACGUUUGCAACAGCUGCUGCGACUGCUACUACUACCGCCGGCAAUGCAGAUGCAGCAGAUGCAGCAGCAGCAGCAGCAGCCGUGACGGGGCCAACACCGACCUCCGAGCCUGCAUCUUCGCUGCCAGCGAUAACAAUUUCCGCUACUACUGCCACUGCCACUACUGCUACCACUACCACUACCACCCCAGACGCUGAAGAAUCCUCCACGCUGUCGCCGCAGCAGCCACAGGAGCCACAACAAACUUCAUCGUUGGUGCACAUCGACACUGUCAUACACCGCACACAGCUCAAACGUACACAAUCGUCCAUCAAACUGCAUAGCCUGUUACGCAAAAACGAUCACAAGCAACAAUUCGUCUCCCGCCUCUCACAAUGUAUCUUGGGAGGGCUGCGUCUGAGAAAUAUCCCUCACCCCCAGUACGAAAAGCUAUACAAGAUGACUUACGGCGCAAGCGAGUUUUCUUUUCGAAAUGAACUAGCAACACAGCAAGAAAUAACCUUUGAACAAAUCCAAAAUUGUGUAGAGAUAUUGCUAAAGCUCUUCACAAGGUCCUAG